AAUAAAUAAAAUAAAUAAUAAUACAAAUAAUACAAAAAUAAUGAAAAAUGUAAAAAAAUAUACUUGUGAAAAACACAAGUUAUAGACCGAAAUGUAAUAGUGACUGAAUAUUAUUUAUCUUUUUGCUUGUUAUUAUCAAUAUACUUUUGACCUAACGCGUGUGCUCCGCUUGACCGCGGUUGCCAUGGAAACUUAAACAACGUCCCCGACACGCAAAGAGGACCCGACCUUCUUAUUUCCCAUUCAUUCAAGUCUAAAUUAAUAUGCCUCAUGGUUUGACUAAUAAUGAGCACCCGCAACGCAAAACCAUAUCCAACAACUGAGCCAAAGGCGCAGAAAGGAGCAAAGAAGGCAGAGGCAGUGCCUAGCACCAGAGAGGACUUGGCUGCUUUGGCCCUCCAGUGUGCCAUGCGCCAACUCCUGGCCAGGCGGGUGCUAGCUCAGAAACGGAGGGAGAAGCAGGAUCACGAAGAGCUCAUGGAUCGCUUGGAGAAAGAGGCCUUUGUGGCGUUGGUGCGGAGAGAGCGAGAGGCGGCCGAGCGACAGCGGAAGGAGGAGGAGGAGGAGAGGAAGAGGAAGAGGGAAGAGCAGCAGCGACUCAAGCGCCUGCUGGAAGCCUCGUUUGACGGAGUGCUAAAGGAAGUCCUGGCCGUUCUCAAGGAGGUCUCCGAGAGGGACACGGAGAACGCCGUGGGGUUCGACGAGGCGGGAAGACGCCAGCGGCGGCUGAGCCAGCUGCGCGCGGUAAACACAACAGACGCCCAUGGCAACAGCGCCGUGUCCGAGGCGGCGGCCGGCGGUCAGACGCAUAUUAUCACCCUGUUGGCGGCGAAAGGCGCGGACGUUAACGCCAGGGGUGCGUUUGGGCGAACGCCGCUCUUCAGAGCUGCCUUUGGCGGCCAUUUGGAGGCGGUGCAGACUCUGCUGCAGCUGGGCGGGGAUCCCAGGCUCCGGGCAGGGGACGGUUGUACUCCAGAGCAGGUGGCGCCAGAAGAGUCUGUGGCAGGUGUACUGCGUGGCUGGGACCUGAGCCUCACCGACUCUAUGCUAACGACCAUGGAGGCAGAGACACAGCGGAGAGCAGAAGAAGAGCAGGAGCACGAGGGGGCUUUGACUGAUGGUCUCAAGCAGGGGCUGGAGCUGGUCCAGAAGGAACACGAGCGGUGCCAGAGAGAGCUGCAAAGGGCCCGCACCCAGCUGAGCAAGCGGAUCAGUGAGCACGACGCCUGCUCCGGGAAGGGGAUGGAGCCAGUCACCCUGCAGACGGUUCACGGUGCCGAAGGCGUGCUGUCAGACGCCCGGGAGGCAGCGCGGCGCGCCUCGGAUCAGCUGUCCCUCGCCAAGUUGGCAGUCAGAGAGCGCUCUGGCGGAGGUACAGGCCUGCGCUGUGCACAUCACGACGCAAUCACAGCAUGUGGCCGUUCUGUUCUGCGCCUCGGUUGGUCGUUAAGGUUUUACGUGACUUUAGAUUCCGUCACGGAGAACGGAGGCGUGCUCUGCCGCGUGCGAGAUCUCGACGACGUUCUCUUCAAAGACGUCGGAGGCAAGAUCAGACAUGACGGCAGGUGGCCCCUGGUGGUGGACCCCGGCGGUCAGGCUGCCUCGUUCCUCCGCUACAGAGACACCAACUACCUGGACGCUGUCAGCCCUGGGGGCCUGCAGGCUGACCGGCUGAGGGUCUCUCUCCUGGGGGCUAUCAGAUUUGGUAAGCCCCUGGUCAUUGAUAUGAAGGAGGCGGAGCUGUUUGACUCGGUGCUGAGUCAGCUGGACCAGGUCAUGCCAGGACUCGGCAAAGAAUUGUUCAGUAAGGAACUUCUCCGGAAGGAAAGGUAUUUGAGCUUAGUCCGCUCCUCUGACGGCCCAAGUUAUGCCAGAACUGAAUUCCGGUCGGACCGCAUUGAAAACUUCGCCCUGAUAAUUAUUACUAAACAGCGCCACCCACAGGAACAUUUACUAAAAACAUUCUACCCCAUUGAGGUCGAAAGCUAAUUGUAACCUUUAGUAAGUGUAGUAACAGACAAUGACAGUUUCCGACAUGUGUGGAAACCAGUUUCUGUUGCAACCGUUUUUUGAUUUAAUGCUAACGUGUAUAGCAACACCACAAAACCAGCAACCCUUCUUUUUUUUUAAUAAAUCAAAUGUGUCAUAACACUUUGGAAUGUAUGAUUCAGUGGCCGACCCUUUGCACUGGUUAACCAUUCACAUUUUUCUUUCAUUGAUUGCAACUAUAGAAGUUGUUUUGUUCAACAAUGUCUAUCUAUGUUAUAAUUAUUCUAUUGUAAUUGUAAUGUUAUUUGUAUAGCCCUUAAUCACACUCACAGUCUCAAAGGGCUUAUCAGGCCACAUAUAUAUGACAAAACCCUAGCCCUAGCCCCCAAUAGGGGAAGAAAAUAGUCCCUUAAGAAGCAAGGUAGGAUUCUUGAGAAGGAACGCAGAGCGGGGGAUCCCUCCUUCCAGGGAUGGUUUGGAUUGCAAUGAGUGCCGUAAGUGACACACAUACAAGCAAACAUUUUAUAUAAUUUAGUUAAUAACAAUUCAUUGAAAUAGUGUCUAUGGUGAGCGCAUGCUGGCCGGUUACUUACACUGAUACAGCAAUUAAAGAACAGAAUAUGUUAUACAUUUAAGUAUUAAUAAUCCAUUUGACUACAUACAGUAUAUUUACCACAUAAAGAGUAUUGGUGUAUCUUAAAUAUUGAGACCUUAUAGUCAUUUUGUAUGGUACCUUCUGUAGGGUUUCUCUCCUGUUUAGUUACGGAUAACCAAUGGUGACAGGCUGGCCAUAUUUACACACACACUGACUCUGGUCAAUCUGCUAGCUGGGGCUUUCUUUGCGGCUCAAAGUCAAGUUUACAUUGUGCCGACCUGGUUUGGUAGGUGGCGACACUUGCUAAUGGAGUGUGUUGCCUAAUAGGGUGUAGUAGGCAUUUUUUGGUCAUCAACACACAACAAUGACAUAGCAUAAUUAAGAAUAGCAUGCUGAUGAAGCCUGUGUAGAAAGCAGGACAGAUUUCAUGGUUCUCUAACUCACCUAAGGUACACCUAAACGGAAUACCUGACUUCUGCUUUGAUUCUACUUCUGAUGUACUUACUCAAACUAUUCAGCAACUAUCCUAUGUCAGCCCACUUCACAUCGGUACGGGGUGGCUAAUAUAUAAUUGGCCUUAGAAAUGUGCGUGAGUGUUUGUUUGCGUGUGUUAUUUUUAUUUAUAAUAUGAUACUUCACUGUAUGAAAUAGAAUAACCUAUUUACCAAAUGGCAUGCCAACCACUAGAUGGCCUCAUGGUGUUGGGCAGAAGACGGAGCCAGACUGGACCACCUCAUGUGGUUUUUAAACAACCAUAUCUCUAAAUCAUUCAGGAGUUGGGAUUAUGAAAAUACAACCAUGGCUCCGCACACGCUCUAUGAACCAGAGGUCCUUCGGAAAGACGCACGUGUGGACUUACUGUACGCAAGAGGAGGCCGGUCGUCAGGGCAACCAGACGUCAGGCUGGCUCACAGCAGCCAUGGAUGGUGCAGCAGGCCCCCCAGGGCCAGGCGGCCCCCAGCCCUCUUGUUAAGACACCUCUUCAGGAAGUCCUUGCAGUCUGGAGGAGAAACGACCCGGGUUACAGUGGCGUCAGCCCCUGGCUGUGUGACAGGAUGCCUGGCUUCGUGGGGUUCAUGGAUGCGUGCGUUUUGUUUGGAUGCUUGCUCCAAUGCGAGCUCAUGCUUUUGUUUGUUUGUGUUUGGUUGUGUGUGUGUGUGUGUGUGGGUGUACGCACGUGUCUGCGUGUGUGUGCGUGCAUGCAAGUGUGUGUGCGUGUGUGUGAUUGUGUGUCUCACUUGGUGAUAUGUUACUCUUGAUGCAUGGAACCAUUUUCCAGAUGAUUUGACCGCUGGUCUGGAAAGGGACGUCUCCCGUGAGCAGUUCGUAGAGCAGCACUCCCAGCUGCCACACCGUCAUGGGGUCGGCUCUGUAGGACUGCAUCGUGAACCACUCUGGGGGGAUGUACGAGGCGGUGCCUGGAACACACAGGGUAUAGCGUCACCACCCGGCUCCCAGGGCUGGGACAGGGGACCCCCACACAGGACAGAGGGGACCCCCACACAGGGGACCCCCACACAGGACACAGGGGACCCCCACACAGGACAGAGGGGACCCCCACACAGGGGACCCCCACACAGGACAGAGGGGACCCCCACACAGGGGACCACCACACUGUGGACCCCCACACAGGUCACAGGGGACCCCCACACAGGGGACCCCCACACUGGGACCCCCACACAGGGGACCCCCACACAGGGGACCCCCCACAGAGGACCCCGCUCCAGUGGACGGGCCCCUCAGGUUAAACGAGGCCCACCUGGGCGCCCAGGCCCCACCUCUUCAAGGGGGGGCCCAGCAUAUCGCCGUCUCUCCUUCUCUCCUCGUCCCCCCAGAACACUGACCCUCAUCCAUGCAGCACACACUCCUGACUUCAGCGUUACACACCUCGUUGAACCGUAUGAGCCGAGUUUGGGAUUAGGAUGAAUAAAUGGUUUCAGUUCAUAUGGGA